UCUUUCUGUUUUCUGGCAGGCUUGUCAGCAGCCAAAUUGCUGUCUGAAUCUGGACUUAACGUGGUGGUCCUUGAGGCCCGGGACAGAGUUGGAGGAAGGACAUUCACUAUUAGGAACGAGAAAGUUAAUUAUGUAGAUCUUGGUGGAUCAUACGUAGGACCUACCCAAAACCGGAUUCUUCGACUGGCAAAAGAGCUGGGUGUCGAGACAUAUAAAGUAAAUGUAGCAGGCUAUGCCAUCCAUUAUAGGAGGGGAAAGUCACGCAAAUUCAUGGGUAUUUCUCCUCCAACAUGGAAUCCUUUAGUUUAUCUAGAUUACAAUAACUUCUGGAGAACCAUGGAUAAAAUGGGGAAAGAGAUUCCUCCUGAAGCACCAUGGGAUGCUCCACAUGCUGAAGAAUGGGACAAAAUCACCAUGGCACAGCUAAUAAAUAAGACAUGCUGGACCAAAGCUGCUAAAGAAUAUGCCACCUUAUUUGUGAAUGUCAAUGUCACAUCUGAGCCUCAUGAAGUCUCUGCUCUCUGGUUCUUGUGGUAUGUGAGACAAUGUGGAGGCACAUCCAGGAUAUUCUCUGUGUCCAAUGGGGGCCAGGAGAGGAAGUUUAUUGGGGGUUCUGGUCAGAUAUCGGAGAAGAUAAAGGAACGCCUCAAAGGCAGAGUCAAACUGGAGAGUCCUGUGGUCGUUAUUGAUCAGACAGGUGAUAAUGUCAUUGUGGAGACUCUAAACCAUGAGAUAUAUGAGUGCAAGUAUGUGAUCAGUGCUAUCCCCCCUAUCCUGACAACGAAGAUUCAUUACAAACCAGAACUGCCACCAAAGAGAAAUCAGUUAAUUCAGCGUCUGCCUAUGGGGUCUGUCAUAAAAUGCAUGAUGUACUACAGAGAAGCCUUCUGGGAGAGGAAGGGUUAUUGUGGUGGCCUUUUCAUUGAAGAUGAAGAAUCUCCAAUUGGAAUAACCCUAGAUGACACUAAACCUGAUGGGUCUUUCCCCGCCAUUAUGGGUUUCAUCCUUACCAGAAAGGCUGUUAAACUGGCACAUCUCAGUAAGGAAGAAAGGAAGAAGAAAAUCUGUGAGGCAUAUGCCAAGGCAAUAGGAAUGGAAGAAGCUUUACAUCCAGUGCAUUAUGAAGAAAAGAACUGGAACUUGGAACAAUAUUCGGGAGGUUGUUACACAACCUACUUCCCACCAGGCAUAAUGUACUCUUACGGAAGGAUCAUUCGCCAGCCCAUUGACAGGAUCUACUUUGCUGGCACAGAGACAGCCACCCAGUGGAGCGGAUACAUGGAAGGGGCAGUACAGGCAGGAGAGAGAGCAGCUAGAGAGAUACUAUACAAUAUGGGGAAGAUCUCAAAGAAUGAAAUUUGGAUGCCUGAGCCGGAGUCAAAGGAUGUCCCGGCCCUACCGUUUACUACUACUUUUUGGGAAAGAAACUUGCCAUCUGCACCAGGACUGCUCUGUCUGAUUGGAUCUACUGCUUUUUUCAGCUCAGUGGCUGCUGCAGGGCUGUUUGCCUACAAAAAGGGACUAUUAAUUCGAAACUAG